CAUUGUCGGUUAAUGCUGCCUUCAGCGCGGGAACGGUUUGUAGUGCAGUUCGAGUGGGACGGAAGUUUUUGAACACACACAAAAACCAAACAGAUAUGGAUGCUUCGGAGGUCGAGUUCCUUGCGGAGAAAGAGAUGGUGAAGAUAAUACCAAAUUUCAGCCUAGAUAAAGUCUUUUUAAUCGGGGGAGAUCUGGGUCCCUUCAACCCUGGACUACCUAUUGAUGUUCCCGUGUGGCUGGCUCUAAACCUAAAACAGAGACAGAAGUGUAGAAUUAUUCCUCCUGAGUGGAUGGAUGUUGAGAAACUGGAGGAGAUGCGAGACCUUGAGAGAAAAGAGGAUAUGUUUACACCUGUUCCCAGUCCUUACUACAUGGAGCUUACCAAGCUGCUACUAAACCACUACACUCCCACUUUAGGUGUUUCAAAGUGCAAGUUUGUGUAUCACACUGUCUUAAAACUGGACAACCUUACUCUGAUGGAGAUCAACACCAUACGAGCGUUUCUUCUUGAUACUCUCAACUGUAUGUACAAGCUACGGUCCAACUUGCAGUGAGGGGCAGCUCACGGACUACUGGUAAAAAAGCUUGAAGACACACAAGGCUUGCUAAAAAGGGUUGGAUUUAGCAAGACUGGGGUUAAACCUAACAUUAAAGACAGUUUUCUGGAAAAGUGAAGAGAUUUACUCAGCUAUUUAAAUUAUCAUGUUGCUCUCUGGUCUGAUUUGUGUGUAUCUGCUGUUUGCAGUGAGUGUAUCAUUUGUGAAUGUUGUCAUUAGGUUUGAAAAUGUAUGUAUGUGCAUGUAAACAGAGUAUAUACAUGUAUACUUUUUUCCUCACAAUUUUUAAUCAGUCUUAUUCUGAUUUUUGAUCUUGUUGUUGUGUUAGUGAUUAAAAAAGAUGUUUUCUGGUUUAUUAGAAUGAAUGUGGAUUCUGUGAAACAUUGGUAAACUAAACAAUUCCUUCCUAAAAUGUAUUUAGGUGGGGAAAAAACCCCACAUUAAAAGGAAUUCCACUCAA